GCUCAGUAGACUAUGAUGGCUAUGUAGCCUUGACUAACUUCGAGAAUCCACAGAGACAUCUAUAUACCCGAAUAAAUUGACCCAAAUCGACUGCAAUGGUGGUUGUGCAGGGAAUGUACGAGGUCACAGAACUGGUGGCCGGCAGCGUGGGUUGCGUGGGUCUCUACAUGGCCGGAUGCAAUGCGCUGCCCGUGGAGCAUGUUCCCGAUCUUCCGGCGGCGCUGCUCGUCCUGUCGACCGUGCUUAUUUUGCAUCAUUUGCGGGUAUUGAACUGCGCACCGCUGCAGGAGCUGUGGCUUCUGCUGCUGGAACUGUUUGGCUUCUAUGUGUGCACCCAGGUCGUGGUGCUCGUGUGGCAUCAGUUCCACAACAUAAUGAAUGUGCUUCAGGAUAUAGCAGUUAAUACUCAUACGGCCCUGUAUCUUUUGGAAGGCCAUCCAAAACUCUUUAUGUUUAUACGCCAGGAUGUCUGCUAUUUUGUGAAGCUCAUCAUGUCCUUGGCGUGCACCUACAAGGCGGUAACGGUCACACAUGCCCUGGACUAUGCCUUACCACAUCGCCGGACUUACAGGUACUACGAGAAUAAAUCCACAGAUGAGAACUUUGGCGAUGGUCCGCGGCGCUAUACUCGAAAAACCAACCAGCGAUCAUCAGCCCAGAGGAGUUCCUUGCGUCGCUCCAAAACAUAGCUGCUAUUGAAAAAAAGUGGAUUAAUCAAAUCGCCCAACCUAAUCAACGUUUUUCUAUGCUUCAUGCCACCAAACGCGCCUAUAAAACACAAGCAAUAAAUUAUCAAGGUAAACGGCGGUUCGGGUGCAUUGCACCAAAAUCGAAGGUGCUACUCAAGAGCAAUUAACGCGUUACUAGAAAUUUGCAUGCUUGAAAGAGCAGAGCCAACACGUACACACCAAGCACACGAGUUUUCAAAUUUUGGCGCCUCUCAACAAUCGAUUAGCGGGCGACUACAUCGAGAUCAGCCAAUCGAAUGUGUUGCAUCUCUAGCACCAGAGAAUAUUGAGAAGAAGAAGAAAACUUGUGCCAGAUCUAAACAAUAAAGAAAUUAAACAAUUAGCCACAA